CUGAUUACACUGACAUGAUUUAUUAUAAUCACAAUCUCUUACAGGAGUCCAGCUCACAGAAGAGUCUCUCAAAGUGAUGAACAAACCUCUUCCACCAACAGUAAUAUAGUGUUUGUUCAGCUUUAUCUGACCUUCAAUAAUGUUCUCGAAACGUUAGCUCAAAAACAUUAUUUAUACAUUGUUCAUUUAAUGUGUUUUCUGAAACAUUUUAGCUGGAUGUUCAUCUAAUGGUUUUAAAAGUUAGUUAUUUCAGAACAUUCAGAGAACAUUCAACUCUAACAUUUCCAUAAUGUUUGCAAAAUGAUCAAAUGCAACGUUCCCUUAACAUUAGAAAACCAAUUUAACUGUUUAUUAAUAAUAUGGAAAACAUCGUUAGAUUAGGCCUACAUGAUUCUUAAUUCCAAAAUGAAAUAUUUGCAGAUAGCAAGUUCAGAUUCGUGAAACAAUUUCUGAAAGUAAGGUGCUUCGUGACGUCAUGUCAAAGAAUUGUUUGUUUGGUUCAUCACUCGUACUGAGUUGCGGGUGCGCGCACUCGGGAACACGCCCACCUCUCGGCGCGUGCGCGUCUUCCCCCGUGUGCGGGAGCGCGCGCUCAGUGUGGAAGAUGCUGCCGGUGAGUUCAGACGCGGAUCGGAUGCUCGGUUGUCCUGUGAUAUGGAGACCCUGGGAUCGUUCAACAAGAGAGAUCCAAUUAAAUAAAGUGGUUUCUGGAGGUUUGAGGCGAGUUCAGACUUCUGAAGAUGUUUUCCAGCAUCCUGUGAGGCUGUUUCUGCCCAGGUCCAGGAUGCAGGAGUAUCUGUCUCGUCUGGGCCGGACGGUUCUGGACAGUUUCCCCGUUCAGGCCACACUGCACUUUUACAACGAUGAAGACUCCAGCUCUGAGGAGGAUGAGGAUGAAGCAGACGCUCAUUAACCUUCUCAGAUCCACACGUCUAUAACAUGAACUCACUAGUGAGCUGAGAGCCAAGCGUGCGGCCGUCAGGAAGCUGAACACUGUUUAGGAAACACGGCGUGUGAAUGGAGAUGGGAGACACGGCGGUGUGUUUCAGGAAGUGUUGUGGAUCCACAGGAACAGGAGCAUCACACGAGACGAGCAGAGAUCCAGCGCCAUCAAACACAAACACACCUUUGAUCCCAGGACGAUCCUUCACGUCUGGGAACGUCUUUAAAGGGAUAGUUCACCGCAAAUGAAACUGUCAUUCUCUGGCACUCAGGAUGCUCCUUUUUUACUGUGGAAGUCAAUGGGGACCAAUAUUCUUCAAAAUAUCUGUUUAUGUAUGUAAAAGAAACUUAUGCAAUUUUGUAACAACUUGAGUAAAUGAUGACAACUUUAUUUUUAUGUGAACUGUCCCUUUAAUUGUUUCAUUUGUAUGUUAUUGCUUUAUUUCUGUUGAAAUCUAAACACAAAUAAAAACAAGAAUGCUCAA